AUGGCACCUAAAGAUCCUAAUGCAGCUAAAGUACGCAAAGCAGCUAAUGCCCCUAAAGCACCUAAAGCACCUACACAACCUAUAAUACCCUCAGGUCCUUAUGUCCCUGCUCAUCCACCUACAAGACCAGGGCAAAGAUAUUUUGAGUUUCGAGAUUGGCUUAACUGUAAGGGUUACUGGAAGGGGAACCACGAUUUGAAGAAAUUAAUUACAACUUUCUUGACUCCUACACAACGGGAUAAGCUUAAUAAUGGUACAUUUCAAUACAUUAUGGCUAUGGAGAAUUUCAAAUGCAGCAUAAAGUUGAUUUAUUGUCUGUGUCUUUCUCGAAUAUUUACGAAUGAUCGAGACUCGAUUAGUUUCAAGAUUUUUGGCCAUGAUGUUUCCUUCACCCUUGAAGACUUUCACAUUAUGUGUGGUUUGCGGAUCACAACACAUAAUGUUAAAAAACCAAUUAAUCGAGAGAGCAAUAUUCUGAAGCGCUAUUUUGGUAAGUCCAAGGGUGUGACUUUGAAGGAUAUUCGAGAUUUUAUGACUCGGAAUGAAAUUCCAAAAAAUGUUGUGAAUCACAUACACGUAUGCAAAAGCGAUGAUGAUGCUGUGAAGCUUAUGGAAAUUCUUGUUGUAGAGUCUAUUUUGUUUGGGAAAAAGACCGAGUCAUAUGUGAUGGAGGAGUAUGCAUCUAUUGUUGAAGAUGAUAAGGAUUGUGCUGAAUAUCCUUGGGGUAAUGUGGCUUAUGAGAAGCUCAUUUACUCACUAAAACAUGCAUUGGACAAGCAGAACAAAUUACAUUCAACUGAGUAUACACUUGGUGGAUUUCCAUAUCCGUUAUGUGCUUGGUUCUAUGAGCGCUUCCCAGAUAUUCGAGAGAAGUAUAUAAUAGAGAAUGAGUACUUUGAUACCCCUCAGGUUCCCAGGAUGUUACGUUAUGUAUAUGUGGGAGAGCCUAAAUUUCCCGAACUUUUUGAUAUGUUCAGUAGUCAUGAAAGAUAUCGCAGCUUUACGGUAUUGGAUAUAAUUCCUACAGGAGAGGAAUUGAAUUCAAUGCCUUUAAUUGGACAAUUACCAUGCAGUCGGAUUCGUUCAAAGAGAUUAACGAUGGAGGUUCAAAGGCAUGCAGAAAAAGAAAGAAGCACGAUCGUGAAAGAAGUUUUCGAUAAGUUUAAAAAGGAGGAGCGAUCUGCUAUUGUGGAUGUGGUUUUUGUAAAAGUGAAGGAAUAUUUCGAUGAGAAGUUUGAACAGUUGUUUAAGAUUGUCAACAAAUCAAAAAGAAUGGACGAUGGCAAUUUUGAUUUGAGUAACUAUCGAGAAUAUGAUAGGGUGAACGACUGUUACGAACAUCCAUCGGAUAUUAAUGAUAUUGAUGAUGCAUCAGAUAAAGUCAUAGAUGUAAAUGCUACACGUGAGGAAGUGGCUUUUGAAGGCGAUCAACAUGUUCAAGAACAAGUUGAAGAGGAACGUUCCAGUGCUGAUAGAUUGAGUAGAGAUGGAAAUGAUGAAGCGGAGUUAUCAACUGAGAAUAUUGGAAGCAAGCAAGGUGCAGAUAAUCAAGUUGUUGAGACUGAAGAACAUACUGCUCAUGAUGCAUUGCGUAAAAUCGCAGAGGAUAAUGCUACACGUAAGGAAGCGGUUGUUGAAGGCGAUGAACAUGUUCAACAACAAGGUGGAGAGGAACAAUCCAGUGUUUGUAGACAGAGUAAAGAUGGAAAUGAUGAAGAGGUAACAACUGAGAAAGGUGCAGAUGAUCAAGUUGUUGGCACUGAAAAACAUGCACCGAGUUGUGCUUUGGAAAGUGAUAUGCAAAAGGCAAUUUGUUUGGCAAUGGAGAUCAAGCACUUGUUGAAAAUUAUUACUACAGUGGAAGUUGAAACUAAUUGUGCUUCAAUUGACACAACUCAAAAACUCUCUGAUGAUGUUGAAUUGAAUGAAGGUAGAGUUGAGAAAAACCUUCCAGAGAAUACUCCAAUGCUCCUCGACAUUGGUUCACAAUUGAAUGAAGCUGAAAAUGCUGAUAUCGAGAAAGACAUGCAGCCUGGGGAAACCACAGGGGAAGACAAACGUCAAGAAAGACUCGAGGCAGCUCAAAAAGAAUUUGGUGAGCUUAUGCAGCUAUAUGAAAAAGGAGAAAUACAUAUAUUCACACUUGUUGCCUCAAAGACAGGUGUGAAGUGUAUGUCAUCUGAUGCAUCGCAACUUCUUCCAAAUCCUAAGAGAAGGAAGAUUUCCAGUUCUCCUAUGUGUGACACCGGUGAUAUCCUCAACUUCAAUUUAUGUUCAUUUUCACUUGGUAGUACACAAGGUACUGAUUCAGAAGGUAAUUCUGCUGCUGUUGUUGUUCGUGAAGAGAGACAAGAACGUCGUGAACAAUAG